ACUGGUAGCCAGUAUUAGUGUUUUAGUGUCUACUGUACUGAGAAAGAAACGCCAUCAUCAACGUAUUCAACAUCCUCCAAUGGCUUCCCUUCGAACUCUUCAAAUCUACCCAGUUUGGUUCCAGCCCUCAAUUUCUGGUUCAAACUUUCGGGAGCCUUCGUAUCUAGUGGUGCUCAGACCUGAAUUUGGCUCAAGGAAUGCUCGAAUCAGCUGGAACCCACAUCCAUCUUCCUCUCCCAAGUUUGUAUUGAGAGCCAUUGAUGGCUCGGCCAGCUCUGGCGGUGCUCCCCGAGAUGAGGUGGUGAAGAACACUCUGACCAAUUCCGUUGCCAAAUUGCAAGGUGCUCUCAGUGCCUUCCCUCCAGUUAUUUAUGCGAUGAGACAACAAGUAGUGGGAUCCAGUUUUGCGAUUGGGUUUUUUGUUGCUACUGCAUUUUUGGUUUUGGCUGUGAAAAUCUUUAUGGCUAAGAGAUCAAGAGAGAAUCAUCAUCCUGGUUCUGUAGCUGAUCUUGUCAGACGUGGCCAGCUGAGGUCUGAUAGAAGAGGCAUAACAAGGCCUCUCAAGUAUGAUGACCCUUUCAAUAAUCCAAUGGUGAAAGUGGGCAAGGGCAAUUCAACAGUGGAGAUGUGUGGAAAAGUAUACCGCUUAGCCCCAGUUACCCUUACAGAAGAGCAACAAUCAGUUCAUCAGAGGAGGAGGUCUCGGGCAUACCAGUGGAAGAGACCAACGAUUUUCCUCAAAGAAGGCGAUUCAAUACCUCCUGAUGUUGACCCUGAUACGGUUCGGUGGAUUCCCUCUAAUCAUCCUUUUGCAACCACUGCCAGUGACAUUGAUGAAGAUAUAGCACAAAACAAUGUGAGGCAAAAGCAUGGUGUUCCAUUUCGUAUUCAAGCUGAGCAUGAGGCGCUGCAGAGAAAGCUUGAAGCACUGCAUGGUGAACAAAAACUGAACAAAUUAACAAUCGACUCUAGCAAUGCUAAAGAUUUUGAGAGAGCAUUCAAGUCACAUCCAAAGUCACCGGAACGUGGAGAGGAAAGCUCCUCGAAUGAACAUACAGGCAACUCCAAGGCUAACUCGCCAGAACGGCCCUCAAAUUCAUCUGGGUUUUCGCCAUCUUCAGAAGAAAUGCAAAAACCAUGAUUGUUGCAUCUUUUUUUCUGGCGAUACUGCUAUCUUCAUCACUUGUUAAUUUUCUCUACAAUGAUCUAUCAAUUUUGAUCUUUAUAAGGCGGGUCCAAAUAUGUCAAGGGUAGAUUGUAAAUAGGAUGUCGUAGUUCAUAUUUGAGACUUUACCAUGUACAUCUUGCAGCUGUGCUUCCCCCAGAACAUUUCCUUGUUUUUUUCUUCUUCAAAGACCAGCCUUGUUGUAAUAAUAAUAUCACAUUUCAUUUUGACUGUAGAUCCAUUCAAUUGGUA